CGAGCGCGGGCAGGGCCCCUCGCACCUGCCGGGUGGAGUUCGCCUCCAGCCCGGGCCUCCGCUGCGCACGGCGGGACCGACCCCGCCCGCCGCGAGCGCCAGAGGAUGCGGGGACGCAGCGCGGACGGAGCCGCAGCGCCCGCUGCCAGCCCGCGCAACCCGCGCACCUACUACGCGCCGCCCCGCCCCGGGUCCGCCCUCCAAGGCCGCGACCAAUGAGCACGCGGCCCCGCAUCCGGGGAUCCCGGCGCGACCGCCGCCUCCCGCGCACACACGGCCAUGGCGGAGGCCUCCUCGCUGGGGAGGCAGAGUCCUCACGUGGCCUCCUGCCUCGCUCACAGCCUGUGUCCCAGGGAGCCCGGCUUGCAGACGGCAGUGGUGUCCAUGGGCUCUGCAGACCAUCAGUUCAACCUCGCAGAGAUCCUGUCACAGAACUACAGCCUCCAGGAGGAGUGCACAGAGGCCCUGCGGUGCCCUGAGAAACCCGAGGAGGAGCUGGACAGAGACUUCAUCUCCCAGAGCAGUGACAUGCCCCUGGACGAGCUGCUGGCACUCUAUGGCUACGAGGCGUCAGAUCCCAUCUCAGAGCGGGAGAGCAAGGGUGGCGACUCGGCCCCCAACCUCCCAGACAUGACUCUGGACAAGGAGCAGAUAGCGAAGGACUUGCUUUCAGGAGAAGAGGAGGAGACGCAGUCCUCAGCUGACGACCUCGCCCCCUCUGUCACUGCUCACGAGGCCUCGGUCCUCUUCCCCAACCAGAGUGGGUCUCGUUUCCUGUCUGGUGAAGGCAAAGAGCCGGGUUCCUCUGCCUCCUCUGACACUGAAGAGGAUGCUCUUCCUGCCAACAAAUGUAAGAAGGAAAUCAUGGUGGGACCUCAGUUCCAGGCCGAUCUUAGCAGUCUGCACCUGAGCCGACACGGAGAAAAGAUUCAUGAGAACGAAGACCAGCUGCUCUGGGACCCCAGUAUCCUCCCUGAGAGGGAGGUAGAGGAGUUCCUGUACCGGGCAGCAAAGCGCAGGUGGCAGGAGGUGGCCGGCUCUCAUCUCCCUCAGGGAGAGACUGUGACAGACAGCGAGCAGGCGCUGUAUGAGCUGGUGAAGUGUAAUUUCAACGUGGAGGAAGCCCUGCGGAGGUUGAGGUUCAAUGUGAAGGUGGUCCGAGAUGGACUCUGUGCCUGGAGUGAGGAGGAGUGCCGGAACUUUGAGCACGGCUUCCGUGUGCACGGGAAGAACUUCCAUCUGAUACAGGCCAACAAGGUGCGCACACGGUCGGUGGGCGAGUGUGUGGAGUACUAUUACCUGUGGAAGAAGUCGGAGCGCUAUGACUACUUUGCUCAGCAGACGCGGCUGGGCCGGAGGAAGUACGUCCCGGCUGGAACCACGGACACGGACCAGGACCUGGAAGGCAGUGAGCCCGAUGGCCCUACUCGUCCCUGCCCUGAGCAGAACGCCCUGGUGGGGGUGCGCACAGAGCCGCUGAACAUGGAUGGCAUGUCCAGGAGUCUUGGUGAGCCUGGAGUGGGCUCUGAUGGCCUUCUGUCCUUGGAGCCAGGGCCCUGCCCGCUCCCGCAGCUGGAUAAACCCCCCGCCGAGACCCUGCCCCAGCAGCCCCCAGCCCUGGCCGACCCAGCCGUGUACCCCUCUGCUGCAGCUGCUCCAGAGCCAGGCACCAGCCCAAGACUGGCUGUGGACUUCACACUGCCGGAGGAGCUGCCCCUCAUCUCCAGCCCAGUGGGUCUGAGCGAGGACCCAGAGGAGCCUGCGGCCCCAGCGCAGGUGGCCUUGUCGGUCACCGAGUUUGGACUCAUUGGCAUCGGGGACGUGAAUCCCUUUUUGGCUGGCCACUCAGCAUGCCCGGCCCCCGGGCUGCACUCGGAGCCCCUGUCACACUGCAACGUGAUGACCUGUUGAUCCCUGCGGUGGGCGGGCUCUGCCCGCAUGGGACUUGGGGCACCACCCGGCCUGCCUCGGUCUUCCUGAGCCCUCCCCAGCUUGGGCUGGGUUGUCACUUUCUCUGCUUCGGGACACGUUGGCACCAGGGUGAGGUGGCUGGGCCUUUGGCCCUCACCCCUCCACCCAGACUGGACCCUGGCCACCACUACCCAGCUCCAGACUGUGCUGCACCUUGGGAUCCAUCGGGCCUCUGGGCUCAGAGAGGGCCUGACCCUCGGGACUCAGGGCAGAGCUGGCCUCCUGGCCCCUUGUAGCCAGCAGAAGCAAGGGCAGACACCACUGCCCACGGGGAGGUGGGCAGGACACACCGCCCACACCAGCAGCAGCCUCCUCCUGGGCGCCUCCGCACCGUCUGGCUCUGUCCAUUGCCUUGGGCAGGGCUGCAGGCUGCCCCGCUGGGUUCGUGCCAGCUCUGCUCAGUGCCGGAUCUUGGGGUGCAGAGCCAUAUACCUCGCUGUCUGUCCGGCCUCCCUGCCCUUGGCCCCACCCACGUCUCCACUUCAGGAAAAGCCGCACUUUAUGCCCACCCGCCUCCUGCCUUUUCACCCAUCCUGACCCCGAGCGACUGGCGGGGUCCUCAGCAAGCCCUGGGGUGGGGAGGGUCUGAGGAGAUAGGUGGCCCACGUGCCCUUGCUGCCCCUUCCCCUCAGCACCAAAGCCGGGUGUUCCCGAAGUGCUGCUGUCACCUGCAGAGGCCGGACUCCAGCGCACUCACCGCCUGCAGUUCUCUGUCGAGGCGUCCAGCAGGUGGCUGGGGACCCCUCUUCUUCCCAGCCUCCUUCCUCUAUUUAUGUUGGUGUUUACAAGUCAGAGUGGGUCCUCCGGCCAGCUCACCUGGAACCGUGCGGCAGGGUCUUGCGGGCUCUCUACAGCCGCACGUGGCCACCUCGCCCAGCAGGGACCACACUGUGCGGUGAAGCUGCCUUCGCCCUUCGCUGUUUUAUUUAUUAAAUAUGAUUUGAAUCCCA